AUGCGAUUAUCAUGUGUUCUUCCAAAAAUUAUUUCUGAGGAGCAGGGGGCCUUCCAGAAAGGGAAUAUCAUUCAUUCCAACAUAUCUCUAGCCUCGGAGCUGGCAAACAUGAUGUUUGCAUCCACAAGAGGUGAAGUUCUGCUAAAUGGUGGCCCUGUUGGAUACUUUGGUGUGGAGAGGGGUCUGAGACAAGGAGAUCCGAUCUCGCCAAUGCUGUUUAUAAUUGCUGAAGAGGUUCUUUGUAGAGGCUUAUCUGAGCUCCUAGCCAAUAACAGCAUUAAAGCUCUAUCGGGUCCUCGUGGUGCUAUUAUCCCUACACACAUUCUAUUUGCUAAUGAUGUAUUUAUCUUCUCAAAUGCAUCCAUCAGAAAGCAAGCCAUUGCGGAAGAGCUUGGUAUCUCCAUUUGUAACUUCCCCACCCGCUAUUUGGGGGUCGAGAUCUUUAAGGGAAGGGUGAAAAAGGAGUCGCUAAUCCCCAUUAUGGAUAAAGUUAAAGGGCGACUAGCAGGAUGGAAAGGGAAGAUUUUGUCCAUGGCUGGACGAGUGGAAUUG